CGGCAAGCAUAUUAACUGUUAUGCGGACGGCAGAACAGACCGAAAAGAGGGGAGCAAAGUAAAAGUAAUUUGCAUUUUUGUAGUCCAUUCGUAUGUGUUUUCGGGAUCAUUGAUCAGAUCUCAUGUGAAAUAUGUUCGCACCUGGCGUGUGCUUAGUUUUUGUGAGUGUUUUUCUAGUUUUUCCGGUGAAUGGCGCCGCUCCUCCACCGCUCUCAGUGAACGUUCAUGGAGAUGCUGCUGGUGCUGGGGCUUCCUCGUUGCUUCCCAGUGCGUGUCGCGGCACUGUGAAUGGCAGCGUGGAGAUCCGUCUGCCGUUUAUGGACAUGGAGCUGCGCCACGAGCAUCCGCUCUAUCUGCUGCGCGAACCCAUCGAGGAUGUGCUGCUGGUGCUGCACGGUCACGAGCUCUUUCAGCUGCACGUGGCCAGCGGGGACAAGCGUCUGGUGCGCCUGGGUGAGCUGGCUGGACGCGUGCGGGCGAUGCCCGCUGCCUCUCUAGGCGCCGAGGUGGUGGCCUGGCGCCAGUUCCUGCUGCUGGCCAUCAUGCUGCCCGAGACACUGGAAGUUUACCAGCUGCCCAAGGAGCAGCUCAUGGCCGAUGGCACACAGCUGAGCUUUGAGCCCAUUCAGGAGUUCUCGCUGUCACAAGGCUUCCAGCAGAUGCACCUACUCAGGCAUCCGGCUCCGGAGAAGGUGCUGCUGCUGCUGGCUUCCAACUACACGAAAUCCCAAGGGCGGAUUCAAACCUUCGAGUGGCUGGACACGUACUUCAAUCCCGUGGAAGAUUUAGUCCUGCCCGCCAUCCGCACGCUCCAGCUGGUGGGGCAACAGCCCCUGUACAUCCUCACCGGCCGUUCCCUGCGCGGCUCCCAUUCCAAGUUGGUGCUCACCGUCUUCGAGCUGGACUCGGCCUCAAUGCGCCUGCGAACACGUCAGACCCUGACCACUCAGGCCCGGCAUGUGCUGGCAUUCCGUUUUCGCGAACGCAAUUGCUUCAUCGCUUGCACCUCCAAUGCGACUGCCAGUGCUGGUGUUGCCUCCCCUGCCUGCCUGUUCUUCCGCAUGGUCGAGGGACAGUUUGUGGUGUACCGCAAGCACGUGCAGCGGGAUUUGUACUUCUCCCGCCUGGCGGUGGCCCAGCAGGGUCGUCUCCUGAUUGGCGCACGCUCCAACGGCGAAGUGCUCGUCUUCAAUAGCCCGCGGCUGGACUGCUACAAUGGAUUUGUUAUGCGUGGGGAUGGGAAUGUGCAACCGAGCGGCUUGCUUAGCCAUCACAACGCGCUGAACGAGAGCUUCCUGUUGCUGGCCUACCGUCGAUCGUCGAGCGAUCUGGUGCGCAUGGUGCAGCUAGGUGGAGAUCCGCAACUGCAGCAGCAGCAGCAGCAGCAGGGGCAGGAGCGGCAGGCGAGCAGCAACCAAGUGGGUGGAGAAGACUUGAGUGUCGUGCAGCUGCAUCGCCACGAGUUCGAGGAUACCCUAUCGAGCCUAAGGGGCCUUCUGUUGCGUCGCAAAGCUUCCAUGGAAGAGCUAAGUCGCUGGCAGAAGCUGCUCCAACAUCACUCAUCGAUCCACAUGCAGAAACCCUUUCACUUGAUGGCAAAAGGACGCAUCCAAAGGCUACAGCUGCAGGGCAGUCACCUGCUUAGUCCCACACAGCUUAAGCAGCGUCUGGAGGAGCUGCGUGAACAAUUCGUAGCAAAACCCAUGCGCCAUAGUCGUAGCCGUGUGCCGCGUUCCUUUGGGGCGGGCAAUGCCAGCGAUGCCAUUGAGCUGCUGAAGGCGAAGCGAUUAAAAGUCAAGAAUCUCCUCUACAAGGGCCAGUUGCUGCCAGGUCACACAUUGGACGCGUCUCUGUUGACCAUCAGGGAGCCCUUGCGGACCAAAGCGUUGCACACAGAGCAGCUGCUCACGCCGCGGGACUACCAGAAUGGCCAGCAAACGGUUGCCCUAUCGAAUGGAACCAAAUCCAGGGCGGAUUUGUGGGUGCGCCAUUUGCUUGUGGAUCGCAUCAAUGGUGUGUCCUGGUUCGAGUUCUACGACUCGCUGUUCCUGCGUUCCCGCGAUGAUCAGCUGGAGGGACGCGUCAUCUUUCAGUCGCGGUCGCGUGUGGUAAACCUGCAGGCGACACUGCUCAAUGGCCUGGUGGUGGCACAGCUGUUCAAUCUGCGUCGCCAUCAGGUGAUUAGCUCCAAUUUGGUCAUGUCCGCCUUCUAUGUGUCCCGCCUGGAGGCGGGGCGCGUGAAUGGCCUGGACUUUGCCCGGGACAUAGUCUUUCGUGGCGGCAACACAACGUGGAUAAAGACGCCUGUGCGCAUCAAUCAGAUGAGCGUCUCGGGGGAUAUCCUGGUGGGCAAGCAGCCGAGAGACAGCAGCAGACAGAUGCAGCCGGACAGCCAUCGCCUGCAGCAGUACUACACGGGCAGGGUGACCAUCAAGGGCUCCCUGACGCUGAAUAAUGUGAAGAGGGAUACGCCGCGGACGCGCCUACAGCUGGCCACGGGCCAAUCGCUGCUCAAGAAGGAUCUCCACUCGCACUACCUGCUCGCCCACGGUGCGCAGAAUGUCAGCCAGCUGAGAUUUGGCAAUGCCAAAGUGACGACACCCUCGCUGGCCACCAGCCACAUACAGGGCCACCCAGUGGCGGAGCAUCUGCUGACCAGGGGCAGCCAGAUGGGUCAGGCGUGGAGCAACCGCACCGUGCACAUCAUCUUCAUGAACGUGAGCAUCGAGGGCGACAUUGUCUGUCGCGACUACACCUCCCGCCUGGCCUUGAUCGCCCAGGAGGCGGUGCGUCACGGCCAGUUGGCGAAUAUUACGGGCCACAAGCACUUCAGCGCACCCCUCACCGUGCAGACGCUGCUCAGCCAACAGCUGAACGGCGUGCCUGUGGCAGAGCUGAUGCUCAAGUCUCAGUCCGUGCAGAACUUCACCGGAGCCAAGAGAUUCCAGCGUUUGGUCAUUGGCAAGGACAUGGAGAUUCGCAGGAACCUGAAUGUGAGUCGCCUCAAUGGACUGGCACUCGACCAGUUGCUGGGCCACGCCCUCAGCCUGCAGCGGCUCGAGCUGGAGCCAGUGCAGCUGCAGAGCCUCCACUUCCGACGCCUCAACGGUCUGGCCUUUGACGAGCUGCUGGGCGAACUUUCGGCGGGCAGCGAGGCUGGGUCUGGACCGCAGCUGCUGCUCCACAAGCAGCUCCUCAUCGAGGGAAAUGUCCGCUUCGAGCGGGGACUCCAGCUGCGGGAGGUGAAUGGCAUCCAGUGGGAGGAUUAUCUCUCCCGUCUGGUACGUCCCGAUGCCAACGCCGUGCUGGCUGGCCGCAAGACCUUCCUGGCACCCGUUCAACUGACCGACGCCCUGCAGUCGCCGCACAUCAAUGGCCUGGACGUGAGCAGCCAGCUGGACAACACGCUGCUCCGGACCACGCCGCAGGCCAUCACGGGAGCCUACAGCUUCCAGCGAAUGAGGGCCAGCAAUGUGGAUGUGCCCCUGCUGAACGAUGUGCCCGCCCAGCUCUUUAUGGACACGCGGCAGGAGGAGCUGCUGCUGCGGGGAGAUCUCACCGUGGCCCAGCUAAGUGUCAAUGGGAGUCUCAGGUGCCCCAAGGAUGUGGCGGCAGGACUGCACGAGCUGGACACUAGACUGGCGGCACUCUGGCAGCAGCCGUGGCGCCGCGUGGUUGUAACAGGCGAUGCCCUCUGGGAGGAGCAGGAGCCUGAUGGACAUCUUAGCUACCUGCGGCAGCAUGCAGUGAGGCGAGAGGGCAACCAGACGAUUGCCGGACCCGUGCUUUUGCGGCAACCUCGCCUGGAGAGGCUGCACACGAGGCAGGAGCAGCCGCUGCUGGCGGAGCUCAACUUCACACACCUGGCGGCCGAUGCCCUGCUCCGAUGGACGGCCAGCAACGAGAGUCAGCUGGUGGAGGCGCCGCAGCUGCUGCUGGGUGCCGUGUGGGCGAAGUGCUUGGACCUGGCAGGCGAUGGACACUUUGGGCGGCUGAACGGCAUCGAUUUGGAGCGCCUGAACGCCUCCCUCUACCGCCUGUCCCAAGGUGGAGCCAUACGCGCGGAGCUGCGCUUUGCCACGCCACCGCGGCUGGGCAGACUGGCGCUGGGGCAGCAGGGCCUGGUGAACGGUGCGCCUGUCGCGGGCAUCUUUGUGCAGAGCGGCGACAAGCCCUGGCCCCGGGCCAGCUUCAGGCAGCUGCGCGUGGAGCAGGACCUGCGGCUGGGCAGCGUCAAUGAGAUGAGCUUGGACUACUUUUUCGAGCAUCGCGUGCCGCUGCGCGGCCCCACCAUGGAGGUGUUUGGUGGCCUGAGCUUCGAGCGGCUGAUCCUCGAGGGCAGGCCGCUGCUGCGUUCGAUCAACGGCAUUGGGCUGGAGGAUGUCGUCUAUCGGCACAGCCCGCGACUGCAGUCGUUUGGCGGCAGCAAGAGCUUUGCGGGCGGCGUGGAGUUCGCGGGACCCGCGCAUGUGAUGAGCCUCAAUGGCAGGGAUCUCAGCGAGAGCUAUCGGCAGAGCAUCUUCAGGGAUCGCGACUACAACAUUGACAGCCUGUGGCUGGAUGAGGCGCACUUUCCGGCCGGACUUGUCUAUGUGGACGAGAGGCCACCGCCCGCCCCUCCCUCGGAUUAUCUGCUACGUGAAGCCGCUGGCGCGGGAGACCUCGAGGCCCCACUGGACGCGCUGGAGGACCUGCUGGAAAAGAGCAAGCAAAAGCCUCGACGACUACUCUACCUGGACUACGACCAGCAGCCGUUCAAGGCGAUCUGGUCGCAGGCGGCAGCAGCAGCCAAUGAAUCCUUUGACCUUCAGGGCAGCCUCAGCCUCGGGCAGCAGUCGGCCGACAUCUGCCAGAGCCGCCAGCUGAGAGCCCAGCUCCAGUUGCAGCCAGCGAGGAUCCACCUGAGCAACGUCAGCCUGUCCCGAGAGCUGCUCCGUCUCAACGCUGGGCACGUACGCGUCAAGGUGCAGAAUCACUGCCAGCGACCGGUGAAGCGGCUCCGCAGCACCAUCAAAAUCGAGUGCAGGAACGAGUCGUUUGCCUUGGGCAUGCGCCAGCCCGUGGAGCAACUGGAGAUGCUCGAUGAGGGUGGAUUGAUUCUGCUGGGCAGUGGCAUCGAAGUGCGCAUUCUGCGGCUGAGCACGAGCAAUUGCAGCCUCACCGACUGGCAGUCCCUGGACUCGGUGGAUGGCCGCCUGAUGAAGGUCGUACUCACGGGGAAACCCAAGCAGCAGGAGCUGCUGCUGGCCAGUGGAGUGCACAGGCAUCGUCCGGCACUCUCCAUACACGUGAGGGAUCCACGCAGUGAGCGGUUUCUGCUUGAGCAGCUCAUCGGCGGUGACUACGAUCUGGCGGAGUACCAGGAGGAUCAGCUAAUGCUCAGCUGUCGCGGAUGUCGCCACAUAGCCAUCUUCGUGCAGGAGGAGGAUGGUGCGCGCUUUGUGCCGCAGCAGCAGUUGCGCUUCCAGGAGCCCAUCCAGCAAAUGAUUCCGCUGAGCGUGGGCGGGGAGCGGUAUCUGCUGGUGCUCACACAGCCAGAGGCGAAGCCCUUCUACUUGUUCAGCUAUGGCCAGGUGGGCGGCUGGCUGCAGCACUCCUACGGCCACAAAGGAGACGGCCAGCAGUGGGCCCUGCCGCUGGUGCGCUCCGGCGAGGAGUUGCAGCAGCAGGAGGCACCUCUAAUGCUGCUCUGUGGAGCUGCAGCGGGAGAGUGCACACUGGUCAGAGCUUUGCUGGAUUAGUUGUUGUUUGUUACUUGUUUAUUUGUUAAUUAUUAUGUUAUGUUCUGUACAGAUUCCUACGAGCACUACGAGAUUAUCACAUUCCCCACGUUCAUCCAUGUCUAGGUUCUGGGCAGAAUAAAUGUUGAAACCCAGA